AUGGCUGAAGACCAAUCUAUCAUUGGAAAAAUGCAGAUGUACUAUGACAAAAAUGGUGGUGAAAUGAUGAUAUGCAGUGACAAUGAGGAAGAAAUGGUGAAUCCCAAAGAUGCCAAACAUGACUUUACGGAGGCUGAAGAUCUAAUUUUGCGGAUGACACUUGAGGAAUGCAAGUCUUCUGAGGAGGCAUUGAGUAUCAUACAAGAGUUUGUUAAGACUACUGAUUCACAAAUUCAGAGUGAAAAGCAACAAGUGUGGUCUGAACAUGAAGGUGAUAAGCAACCAUGCAGUGACCAGUGUUACCUACUGGACAAGGGAGUUAUGGAAGGACAAAAAGAUAUUCAGUUGUCUAAUUCAACGAAAGUGCAAGCUGAUGAGAUGACAAAUAACUCAAAUUGGAAACAGCUAGAGAAAAAUUUAUAUUUGAAGGGAGUAGAAUUGUUUGGAAAAAAUAGUUGCCUUGUAGCUCGAAACUUACUUCCUGGCUUUAAGACUUGCUUAGAAGUAGCUAGGUACAUGUUUGCUAGUGGAGAGUCAAUGCCUUAUGAAUCCAUACCAAGUUCAAUCACAGACAUAAAUGAUAAGAUUAAUGCAGAGUACAUAGACCAAGAAAUGCCAUCAAGAUCACGGUUGUUGCGAAAGAAGUGCAAGACUAGAAAGUUUAGUUAUUCUCAUAAAUCUAUUGCUCUCUCAUCUAGAUGCAGAAGAAUUGAUCAUGGGAAAGACCAAUGUGAUAAGCAAUAUACUCCAUGUGGGUGUAAGGGAAUAUGCAUAGAGGGAUGUCCUUGUCUUAGUACGGGAACUUGUGAAAAAUACUGUGGGUGUUCAAAGUUAUGCAAUAAUCGAUUCAAAGGAUGUUAUUGUUUUAAGAGUCAAUGUAGAAGCCAACUAUGUCCAUGCUUUGCAGCAAACCGUGAAUGUGACCCAGAUGUCUGUCGAAAUUGUUGGGUUAGUUGCGGUGAUGGUUCAUUAGGGGAGCCACCUCGACACGGAGAUGGUCAAUGUGCAAACAUGAAUCUUCUUUUAGGGAAAAAAGAAAGGAUUCUUUUGUCAAAGUCAAAUGUUGCAGGAUGGGGAGCCUUCACAAAGAACCCAAUUAUAAAAAAUACUUGUCUAGGAGAGUACACAGGUGAACUAAUCACUCACAGAGAAGCAGAGAAACGUGGGAAACUAUAUGACCGUAUAAACAAUUCAUAUCUUUUUAACGUCAAUGAUAAGUGGGUUAUUGAUGCACGCCGCUUUGGGAAUAAGUUAAAAUUUGCAAAUCACUCAUCAAAACCCAACUGCUAUGCAAAGGUGAUGUUGGUUGGAGGAGAUCAUCGAGUUGGCAUAUUUGCCAAGGAAAACAUUAAAGCCGGUGAUGAGCUUUUCUAUCAUUAUUACUAUAAUGAAGAGUGUGCACCACCAUGGGCUCUUCCACCAAAAGUCGAGGCUUCUAAGACACAUAAAUAUGUUUCUCAGGGCAGGGCAAAGAAACAUUGAUCUGAUUGAUGAAACCUAGCUAAGGAACCAAGGCUUAGCUAAAACAAUGACGAGAGAUUUAAGGCUUGAUAUAGCCCAUCCAAUCAAGAAUACCAACUAAGUUCUCAAUCAAGAUUUUGUAUCGAAGAACAAAGGUGGAAAAGACGGUGUUGAUUCUUCUAAGUAAGUCCAUUCUAAGAGUCCAAAGACAAACAAGGCCCCAAAAGAGGCUUGUGUAAAGAGAACAUCGAGCUUGAGCUUGAUAUUACUUUAAUUUCCCUUAAAGCUUUCAAUUUUGAUCUGAAAGGGUAUUCUAAUGUAAAAACUCAUUUUUAUCAAUAGUCCGAGAAGAAUUUGAAGUAGAUAAAA